AUGUUUGGACGCAUAGCAACUUUGCCAACAACAGGAAUAUGGCAGCCACCGACGAUGAAGAGCCAUAAUGCCGAAACAUGGAUAGCCUAUUUGAACCACUAUUUGCCGGUUAUCCAUGAACAAGCAAAGAAGAAUAUACAAGCAUCGCAGGAGAAACAACAACGAUAUUAUAAUCGC